UCGGCAUAGUAUAUUUUAAGACUUGGCGUAUCUGCAACAGAGCGUUAAGAAUAUUGAAAAUUCUGUAAUAUUGUAUGACGCACUGGAAAACCAAUGUCUGUUUGGUUGGCUAGCACCCUAGCAUAAACAUUAUUAAGACAGACGUAUAUUUGGCCUAAUGAAAGAAAUAUAAAAUGCCAAUGGAGGUCACUGAUGAAGAAUUGUUUGAAGAGUUAAUAGCAGAUCUGGAAGAACGUUCUAAGCCAAGUAAGAAUGAUAUAAGAUACGAAAGAUAUGUUAAGUAUAUCAAUUGCUUCAUUAGUAAAUUCGGAAGAGAAAGAGUGUAUCUUGUAGGAAGUACGAGUGAGCGAUCAAAACUUGCUUUUUCAAAAGACAAUGGCGAUGCUGACUUCUUAAUGGUUUCUGGAAAACUAGAGAUUCCGGCUGAAAACUUGGUCUCAAAUCGUGAAGCCCCAUGCUUUGUUUGGAUUCGUGCAGACUCAUGUAGCAGAGAUAUAGGCCUCGAAGUUGUUGGGGAUGAAUAUAUCUCUGCUAACACUCUGCGAGAAGUACGACCAGAGUUAUUUACCAUCUUAAGAGCGAUUUAUUUGCAUGUCACUGCUACUGUGAACAAAUUACCAGAAACAGAUGAGGACAGGACUAUUCUAUCUGUUUCCUCAAAGGUUGGCAUACAAACAACAACAUAUAGGUCAUUAAAGUUUGAAGAAAAUAUUGAAGAUUUAAAAGAGUUUUUUCUAAAUAACGAAAAUAUUGAAAGAGCAAAUGAAAAAGAAAAACUGCUUGAAGAUAGAUGGAAACAAGUAACAGUUAUUGAAUGUGAGAAAAAGAUUUAUAGACGGUUGUAUGAAGCAUCGAAACUUGCCAUACCUUCUGACAGAAAGAAAAAUAACGGAGGAAUAGCUUUCUUUGUGCAACUCGUUGAAGAAAUCUUAGCCAGACAAAGUGGUGCAUUACCCAAAACACCUUCCGAUGAAAUGAACAAUUUCCAGACAAAUCAUGACAAUGACACUGAUCAGAAAAGCUCAAAAAUGGUAGAUAUGGCUUGUAAUAAGGACAAAUUGUUUAAAGCAACAUACACAGGAAGAAGUCACAAAGAUUUUGUUCCAGCUUUGGUUAUUACAGGAGAGUUGGAGGGUAUGAGACUAUGGAAAAAACGAGUUCUUGACAAGGGAUGGGACGUGAAGAAGGUGAAUGAUAUUUGUGAUACAGAAAUAUUUGUCGUAUCAAGGGUCUGUCCAAAAGGUCCAAAUGCUGAAAAAGAUUUUUGCUUGUCGUUUAACCUGGCCGAGCGAAAGUUAAUGAUAGCAAUGUCAACUGUGGAAAAAAGAGUGUUUUUGAUACUAAAGGCAUUUUUAAAAGGUGUUUUUGACAACAUGCAUAAACAACAAGACAAAGAAUUGAAGCUUACAACUUAUCACAUCAAAACACUUCUGUUUUGGCUCUCUGAACAAAACAAAUGGGAAGAUACGUGGUCUGUCCAGAAGCUUACAGACUUCGCUUUGGGUUUUCUUCUGGAGAAAAUAAGCACGAAGGAGCUCCCGCACUAUUUUAUACCUAGCCAUAACCUUUUUCUUGAUUUUGAGACUUCAGAUUUUCAGUUAUUGAAAGAUUGUGUAAUGAAAGUAGGAGCGGACCAACUUAAAAGCUUGGAAUACUUUAUAAAGUUAAGAUACGUUGACAGGGGGGAGAUUACGUUCACGAAGGAGAAUAUGGAUUGCUUUUGGGGCAUGUCCGCCGAUGGAGGAAGAAGUGAACAGAGAAACAAACUAGAAGAGGCAAUGAUCGACUUUCAGAGAGGCAUAUAUGAUAAAAGAAUUGAAAAUGGUGAUUCUCCAUUACAGCAGGCGAUUUCAGAAACCAUUGAGUUGUGCCUCAGAGACGAUGGAUGCAUUGAUGUUUCGCAGUUUGAAGCGAUACAUCUAUUGUUAACAAAAGGUGAUGGUGAUAUUAUUAAAUUAAAAAUGGAUGAAAAGACAAAAAUGGAUGGCAAGGAAAAGGUUUCACUAAGAAAGAAGACUGGCAUGAUUUGCAUGUGGUUUAGUCUGAAAUUUAUAUAGAUUUUAGCUCGACUGGGGUUAGUACUCCCUACGAUUUCCAUUCUACUUUACUUUGGUACUUUUAACACAAAGAUAAAACAGUUGGUAGAUAAAUUUGGAGGACCGCCAGGGGUAAUGGAUAUUCUACGUGGAGCGUUUUGUGGAAAACGUUUGAACUUUAAAGAAGACGUUAAAAAGCAAAUUUUAGAAACUGCUGGUCGUUAUUUCAAUUGUCCAGACGCAGAGGUAGAUGCAACAUGUUCUGAGUUAAAGUAUAAAUUAGCUGGAUAUUUCCGCUGCAGAAAAGAAUUCUCAGACCUAUCUGGAAUACGACAAGUUUAACACGUUUAAUACAUUCAAUUCGCUGACACGAAUUGUUCUUGCUAGUAAGCCAGCCAAACAAAAUUUAAUAAUCUUUCGUGUUUUAAUUACAAUAUAACAAUGUGAAAACACUUUUGACGAUUAAAACAAACAAUAUAAAGGAAGGGGGACAUUGUGAUAGACAGCGAUUCAUUUUUUUUCUUUCGUACAUAAUCGAUGUACUUUUGCUUUUAUAACUUUAUUAUUAAAAUUCAAAAUAGCAAACAGUAUUUUAACUAGUUGUAAUUACGGUGGCAUGCGUUGUUACUUAUUAUUUGGCAUUUGUGAUUUAAUAGUUUGCCAAUACUUCAACAUAUUUAAUUUAACCUAUCUGAAAAUUACUAUAUUUCACCUAAAAGUUUUAUACUAUAUAAAUAGCACAUGUAUAAAUCUACAUGAACUUAAAUCGGGAGAUCUUGAAAGAAAAUAAUUCAUUAGUACUGACCUGAAAUAAACACAAAAGAGUAACCUUUACAUUAUCGUAUUAUGUUUCUAUUUAUUUCUUGAUCAUAUGCUAUUUUUAUAUUAUUAUUGUUAAUUUGUAUCUGAUAACAUUUAAUGACUUACUACAGUUAUUGUUUUGAUAAAGACACAAAGGUUUAUUUUAAGGUGAAUACUCGUUCAUGUUCAAGAUGUAUAAAGAAU